AGUUGUCGCGUGCAUCUCGUCGCAUUCGAACGUCACAUUGUCCCGCCCAUAACCUGUGCACUAUUUACAAAGUUGAGAAUUCCAGCGAAACCAGCAAACAAACCGCAAACAAACCAGAGAAACACGGAAAUAGGGAAACAGAGAAACAAACCGCUUUCUAGUUUAAAAUGGGCAAUCCGAUUUGGUUCGUCUUCUGGCUGCUCGUCUUGUGGUUCGUCUCCCUGGUUGUGGCCUUCUUCUGCAGCUUCUUAUACAUUAUCCUCUACACGCUUGUCGUCUGCAUUCCGGGACUAUCGGGCGUCUCCGAUAUACUGCUGCAAGGAGUGCAAUUUCCGCAUUAUUGCGCCCAAGCCAUGAUGGACUGCAAGUCGCUGUGCUAGAAUAAAUCAAAUUCUAGUUUUAAGUGUAAAAUUCGUAAAUGUUCAAUGAAUCGCUGAUAAUUGUCUUUUAUAAAUUGUAAUUAUUAUUUAAUAA